AUGCCUUCUCUUGAACUGAUCGACCAUUCGCCCCACGGGCAUGCCACCGUGGCGCCGCUCGAAAAUGCUUCCAACCUUAUUAUGAUCGAUAACUACGACUCGUUCACCUGGAACAUUUACCAAUACCUGGUGCUCGAGGGCGCAACAGUUACAGUUUACCGUAAUGAUAAGAUAACUGUGGAGGAACUCGCUGCUAAGAAGCCAACGCAACUGGUCAUCAGCCCUGGCCCAGGUCACCCAAGCUCCGACUCCGGAGUAAGCAGAGAUGCUAUUAAGCGUUUCGCAGGAAAGAUUCCUGUUCUUGGGGUUUGUAUGGGACAGCAAUGCAUCUUCUCCGUCUUCGGCGGUGAGGUCUCGUACGCAGGCGAGAUUCUGCACGGAAAAACGUCGCCUUUGCGACAUGACUCCAAAGGAAUGUACAAGGGACUUCCACAGGAUUUACCCGUUACACGAUACCACUCGCUAGCCGGAACACAUCCAACUCUGCCAGAGGCCCUAGAGGUGACGUCCUGGAUAGCGAGCCCUGAGAACAAUGAUGGGAAAGGUGUCAUCAUGGGUGUGCGUCACAAAGAAUACGUCGUAGAAGGAGUCCAGUUCCACCCGGAAAGCAUCUUAACUGAGGAGGGCCGGGUUAUGCUGAAGAACUUCUUGAAGAUGCGUGGUGGUACAUGGGCGGAGAACGAACGGCUUCAAAAAGAAGCUGCGUCCAAACCUACACCGCCUGGGGCCGCCUCUUCCCCGAAAGAGAACAUUCUCGACAAAAUAUUUGCCCACCGAAAGGCUGCUGUCGCUGCGCAAAAGCAACUCCCAUCCCAGCGCCCGAGUGACCUUCAGGCGUCUUAUCAUAUGAACCUUUCUCUGCCAAACAUAUCAUUUGUGGAUCGAUUAAGGCUGUCCCCAUACCCACUAUCUCUCAUGGCCGAGGUUAAACGGGCAUCACCUUCGAAGGGUAUAAUAUCCAUUUCGACGUGUGCGCCUGCCCAGGCCAUGGAGUAUGCACUUGCUGGGGCGAGUGUUAUUUCGGUACUUACGGAGCCUGAGUGGUUCAAGGGGAGUAUUGACGAUUUGCGUUAUGUCCGCCAAGCGCUGGAAGGCAUGCCUAAUCGACCGGCUAUACUCCGAAAAGAAUUCAUCUUCGAGGAAUACCAAAUACUCGAAGCAAGACUUGCCGGAGCCGAUACGGUGUUACUCAUCGUGAAGAUGCUGGACGAAGCAACUCUCCAAAGGCUCUACUCAUAUUCCCUGACUCUAGGGAUGGAGCCAUUGGUUGAGGUCAACACCGCAGACGAAAUGAAGGUGGCCGUUGACCUUGGAGCUAAGGUUAUUGGUGUCAAUAACCGAAACCUGGCAAGCUUCGAGGUUGACUUGGAAACUACGAGUCGUCUGAUGAGCCAAGUCCCAGAAACAACAAUCGUCUGUGCUCUGAGUGGAAUUUCUGGGCCUCAAGAUGUGGAGUCCUAUAAGAAGAAUGGCGUUGGGGCUGUUCUUGUUGGCGAGGCGCUUAUGCGGGCGAGUGACAAGCCCAAGUUCAUUGCGGAACUCCUUGGAGGCUCCCUUGGUGCGCCUAAGGAUGAGCCAGAACAGCCUCUUCUGGUUAAGAUCUGCGGAACACGAUCUGCCAAAGCUGCUGCAGCGGCAGUUGCAGCUGGUGUUGAUUUUGUUGGCAUGAUACUUGUCCCUGGCCGUAAACGCACUGUGUCUGAGGAGGAAGGGUUGGCAAUUUCUGAGGUGGUACACAAAGCGACACCAAGGACUGUCAAGACCAAUUCACAGAUCAAAGCAACUGCUGGCUCUGAUUUCUUUGCCGCGGCGGCAUCUACUUUGACAUCUGCGCGCCCUCUACUGGUUGGUGUCUUCCAAAACCAAUCGCUUGAAGAGGUUUUGCGACUCCAGAAGUUAUUCAACCUGGAUAUUGUUCAACUCCAUGGCGAUGAGCCAUUGGAGUGGGCAAAGCUCAUCCCCGUCCCGGUCGUUAAGAGCUUCACACCCGAACAGGUCAACAUCGGCUCCAGAGGCUACCAUACAGUACCAUUGCUUGAUUCUGCAACUGGCGGAUCGGGCGAAAAGUUGGAUAUGAGCAAAGUUAGGGAAACCUUGGAGAAAGACAAAGGGCUUCGCGUGAUGCUUGCCGGUGGCCUCACCGCUGAUAACGUUGUGGAGGCUGUUCGUGAGGUUGGCGAGUUGAGCAGCAGGAUUAUCGGGGUUGAUGUCAGCAGCGGUGUUGAGGAGGGCGGUGUUCAGGAUCUUGACAAGAUCGUAUCCUUCAUCAAGGCGGCAAAGAGUAUUCGUUGA